CGCCGGCUCCCCCUCUGCUCCCCGCUGGUGCCCCCGAAGCCCAGCCGAGGGGGAAGCACGCCCCGGUUCGCCCCGCCGGCAGCCCGGCAGGGGCCGCUCCGGGCCCCGCUCCCCACCGCCGCAGCCUCGGCCGAGGCGCGGAGCGUUACCAGCCGCCCGCCUCGCAACGGCCGCGGCAACGGCUGAGCCACCGCCCGCCCAAACCCCCCACGGCGAAAUGGCGUCCUUGCCCCGGCCCACCGGCAGGGAGGCCCGUACCAUCUCCGGGGAAAAAAGGGAGGGACGGCACGGAGAUAGAGACGAGGGGAUUGAGGAUGCAGCUGAGAUGACCCUUCAGGAACUGGUGAAUCAGGCAGCUAGCCUGUACUCUGAUAGAAAAGCAGUUUGGUUCGAUGAAUGCAAUGACAAACCUCCAACUUUCUACACGUAUGCAACGGUGGUUAAGCUUGCCAUGGAAUUAACAGCUUUCCUUCAGAAGCACUGUGAUCUGCAAGGAAGACAUGCAGUAGGCCUCUACUGUUAUCCAGGAAUAAACGUACCAUCUUGGAUCUUAGGAAUCCUUCAAGUUCCAGCUGCCUAUUCUCCUAUUGAUCCAGAUGCACCACCAAUGUUAUCCACUUACUUCAUGAAGAAAAGCAAUCUUCAGUAUAUUCUUGUUGAGAAUGACAAAAUAAAUAAAUUCCAAAUGUCCCAUGUAGAUUAUUUUUACCACAGUUCUUCAACAAUAGAGCAUAUUGGUUUAACUCUCUUCCAAGUGAGCUCAAGCAACACUGAUUUAAAUUCAGAAGUAGAUGUGGAAAGUAAAUAUGAGCCUUUCAAAGCUAUGGGUGACGUGCAGCCAGGAUAUACUGUUUGCCCAGAUCAAACCAAAGAAAAAACAUCAGAAGGAAGAUACAUGGACGUUGGCCAGAAAUAUUCUUUAGCAUACAUCUUACAUACAUCAGGAACUACAGGGAUCCCCAAAAUAGUCAGAGUACCUCAUAAAUGUAUAGUGCCAAAUAUUCAGCAUCUUAAAUCCAUAUUUGAGAUCACACGGGAUGAUAUGCUCUUCCUGGCUUCUCCUCUAACAUUUGACCCAUCUGUGGUUGAAUUGUUCGUUGCUCUGACAAGUGGAGCCUCUAUUCUUGUAGUACCAAACGCUAUUAAAAUGAUGCCUGUGGAGCUGUCUGCCGCGCUGUUUCACCGUCACCAUGUGACAGUGCUGCAGGCAACACCAACACUUCUCAGAAGGUUUGGAGCUCACAUUAUUAAAUCAACAGUGUUGUCUGCAAAUACUUCACUUCGUGUCUUAGCCCUUGGUGGAGAAGCAUUUCCCAUACUGAAUGUCUUGAAAAGUUGGAAGCACAAGGAGAACAAAACAAGUAUUUUUAAUCUUUAUGGUAUUACUGAAGUGUCAAGCUGGGCCACUUGCUACAAGAUCCCUGAAGAGGUUUUUAGUGCUGAUUUUAGAACGGAUUUCCCUAUACCUUUGGGAUCACCUCUCCUUGGAACAAAAGUUGAGGUCAGAGGUACCAACGGUUCUGCAGUUCUAGAAGGCGAGGGACAAAUAUUUAUAGGUGGUGAAGAACGAAUCUGCUUUCUUGAUGAUGAAAUAAUUGUACCCUUGGGCACAAUGAGAGAAACAGGGGAUUUUGUAAGAGUGCAGAAUGCAAAGUUGUUGUUCUUGGGUCGGAAAGACAAUCAGGUUAAACGUCACGGCAAGCGCUUUAAUAUUGAAUGUUUGCAGCAGGCUACUGAAGAUCUUUGUCAGGUAGAAGCUUGUGCAGUGACCUGGUAUCAGCAGGAAAAACUUAUCCUGUUUGUUGUACCCAAAGAUGAUUUAGAAGAGAGAGAAACACUUAAAGAACUCCAGAAACGUCUGCCAGCUUAUGCAAUGCCUGAUGAGAUCGUACUGAUUAAAGCUUUACCUUUAACAUCACAUGGCAAAGUUGAUAUAUCUGAACUGAACAAGAUUUACCAGAACCAUCUAAACUCCAGAAGGCGUGACAGUAAGCUGAGUGGCGCAGAGGAAUUGUGGGAAAGAUUGCAGUAUUUAUGGAAGUCUGUUCUGGGUGUCCUAGGUGAUUCCACUGGAAUUUCUAAAGAUGCAGUAUUUCUGUACAGUGGUGGAGACUCCUUAAAGGCUCUACGAUUUUAUGAUGAAAUUGAGAUGCUGGUAGGCAAAGCUGUGCCUGGACUCCUAGAAGUUAUUCUCAGCCGGCCAAUUGAAGAGGUUUAUAGACAUAUUCUUAAAAUUCUAUUUCCAGAUGAAGACAAAUUAAUGAAUUAUGACAAUGUGAAAAGAAAAUUAAGUGGGAACGGUGGAGAGGAAUUCCAUGGAAAAUAUAUUAAACUGAAAUCUGAACGAGGUCUUGAGGUUGCUCCAGGGUUCAUUUCAUUUCUUGCACUAAGCAGAGGAAAUCAUUUUUUUUCUAUGAAUUUCACCAAGUCUUUUAUGCAACCCAAUAAUACAGUACAGGUAGGAGCGGAACUGCUACAGCAACCAUCUUUUCUGAAUUUCGUGGCUCCAAGUAUAAUGAAAAGCCAUCUGCAAGGGUGUGAAACGGAGAACGGAAUUUUAACAGUUACAAACAAGGCAAAUAAAACCAACUGUUGCUCUGUACAGCAGAUCCAUGCAGAAUGUAGUCAUGUAACAACGGCAGAGUUGGCAUUAUGCGUAAGAUGGAAGUCAAAUACAAGAAAAUGUGUCGAUGCUUCACCACUGGUUAUAAUACCAUCUAAAGAAGAAGUAUCUGCAUCUGUAUAUGUUGGCUCUCACUCUCAUGUCAUGCAGGCGAUUGAUCUAGAUUUGGGGGAAAUAAAAUGGGAGAAGAACCUUGGAGAUCGUAUUGAAUCUUCUGCCUGCCUAUCUAAGUGUGGAAAUUUCAUUGUUGUUGGUUGCUAUGACGGCUUAGUGUAUGUGCUUCAAAGCAGUGAUGGAGAAAUACAUUGGACUUUUGUCACUGAAGAUACUGUGAAAAGCUCUGCAGCUGUAGACCCUUCCAGUGGCCUAGUCUACAUAGGCUCCCAUGACCAACACGUGUAUGCUUUGGAUAUUUAUAAAAAGGCGUGUAUAUGGAAGUUACAUUGCGAAGGUGGAGCUGUGUUUUCAUCUCCUUGUUUAAGUUCUUUUCCACAUCAUCUUUAUGUUGCUACACUAGGAGGACUGUUACUGGCUGUGAACCCAGUGAUAGGAAAUAAGAUUUGGAGAAGCUUCUUGGGAAAACCACUCUUCUCCUCUCCUCACUGCAAUGAGAAGUACGUUUGUGUUGGGUGUGUGGAUGGAAACUUAUAUUGUUACACUCAUUCUGGAGAAAAGGUUUGGCAGUUUUCCACUAAUGGACCAGUGUUUUCAUCUCCAUGCAUCUCAAGUUUAACUAAGCAAGCAAUAUUUUUUGGCUCCCAUGAUUGCUUUAUCUACUGUUGUGACAUGGAGGGUAAUUUACUGUGGAAAUUUGAAGCCACUUCAAGUGUAUAUGGAACACCAUUUGUUUUCCAAAGUGAUGACUUGAACAGAAUUCUUCUGGCAGCAGUAUCUACAGAUGGCAAAGUGUGGAUCCUGAAUGCCAAGAGUGGAACAGCAGCAGGAGUAGAUAAGCUUCCAGGAGAGGUUUUCUCUUCCCCUGUAGUGUGGGGAACAAAGCUUGUUGUUGGUUGUAGAAAUGAUUAUGUUUAUUGCCUAGAUUUGUUUAUAACUGGGAAAAAGGACAGCUAAGAUGUUAGGCUGCUUCCAUUUUAUUGUUUACAUUUUAAGAACUCACAGGCGUUCUUUACCUCCGCCUACUUUACUGCAGGCAGGAAGUGCACUUGGCAGACUUCUCGGGUAGCAUUUUGCACCAAGCAGUGUCCAGAAUAGGUAAAGGGAUACUUGUUGACUUGCUGUACUGACUGAUUGAAGGAGGAUGACUGCCCAGCACCCAGCAAGUUUCACUGUCCCUCCCUCAUUUCCCAGCUCCAGUUCCUGAAAGAACGUUUCACAUGCUUUGGAUUUGAAUGUUGUGCUUUGACCUGUGUAGUAAGAAAAUGCAAGUGGGUAGUUUGGCUUCAAACACUUGCAGGGUUGGGAGAAACCGUGGUAAAGUGCCGUACUCUGAAGCUUGGCAUAACAUCCUUGUGUCCCUGAGGGAGGAAUGUGUUCCUCCGAGUCCAGCCUAGCCUGUCCCUGGCUCUUCCAUGCAUCAGACUGGUGUUUGUCUAGUCUGACAAGGCUUCUGUGCUGUGGCAAGGUAACCUAAGUCCUUUUAUGAAUCUAACUUUUGACCUGAUUUCUGAAGACAGAGCCUGCAUUGCAUGUACCUGUUAGUAGUGACCUGUUUACUGUAGUUUGUAUAAACUGAAAAGUUCAUCUUUUGUGAGCCUAGGCCCUCCUUUGCUUUAAUUCAGUCAAGCAUAUACCUAAACUCCACUGAAGUCAGUAGGAGUUACUUCUUGUAUUCUGAAGUGGAGAAUAUACUUACAUGUAUAUUUAUUAAACUUCAGUGGCAGGUACAGUAUAAGUUCCGAGAUGAAGCGUGCACUGCUCAAAUCCACUGUUGUCAAAUCAUUUUUUAAGAGAUUUGAAUGAAUGCUCUCUGCAGUGUCUUCAGACUGACUCUACAGCUUCAGGCUGUAGAGGGUUGUGUAAACUGGUUUUGGUUGUCUGUAACUCCUUAAAAGGAAUUACCUGUGGUCUUAGUAAUGUGAAUCAAGUAUUUGCAGUGAUAAAAGUACACUUACCUAAGAGCAUCGUCCUGACUAUGAGUCUUCUAAAAAGAACUAUAGUAGAAACUAUUAUUCUCUCUGUCUGAUGAGCCAUCUACUUUGAAUUCUAACAUCUUGAAUUCAGGAGUAAAGUAGAAGUUGCACUGGCUAUGUUGCUUUAUCACAGCUGGUUCCUCCAUUUUAUCAUUAGCAGAAAUGCACAGGGAAGAUACUUGUAGCACUGUAAAAAGGUUUGUUUAUAAAGCAAACCUGAACUACACAAUUAACAAAACAAGACACACAAUACAUACCUCAAUGAUUAGAUAAUUUUGACUGGGUUAUAGUUUAAUAAGCAUUAAAAUGACAUUAGUAUAAUAAACAAUUGCACUUUAAAACAUUUGAAAAAUUAAAAAAGUACACAACAAAUACCCCACAAUUAUACAUCUUAUAGUUUUUAUACAUUACUAUAUGAACAUAGAGGUUAAUCAUAUAUAACCUUGUCAGAAGAAAUGGUAUUUUGUGUGUAUAAGUUACAAAAAAUUGAGACAAUAUACUACAUAGUGGUUGAUUCGGUUCUUAAAACAUUUUUGCUGUUUUAAACUUCGUAGUAAUGUUUUGGUUUAUAUUUUUACAGAUUUCCAACACUUUAUCAGAAAUGGUUGCAACAAAGCUAAAGCAAAGUAACACUUCACUUCAUUGGUAUUUAGUGCAAAUUUUUGUUAAUUUAACAUGAAAUGUCACUGUUGAACAUGGACACUUUAGAAAUGUUUCCAUCAAGUACUGUACAUAAUACAGUUUUCAUUAUUACACUAGAUACCUUUUAUGGUUGAAAAAAAAUCUGCUUUGAAGCCUUAGGUUAAGACCAUCCUUAAUGAAAGCUCUAUUCUAUGUGCUAUAAAUGUAUUGUAUUGGAAAAUUGCAUCCUUAUGUCAUGCACAAUAGCACCUAAUUUUGCUAUGCUUUUCAGAAUACUAGUACCUGUAAUUCUUUAAUCCUGAUUUACUUCACCUUCUUUAUAUUUCUGCCUGGCUCCUUCUCCCAAGAAAUAGUCAUAAAGAUGAAUUUCAGGCAGUUCAGUUCUUGUAAUGACAGUUACCUACUGCAGGCUUACCAACUCUGAAAAAGUGUAAAUUUAACUUAAGAUGCACUAAUUCACAGUCCCAGCAGAGCAAAAAUAAUUACGGGCUCAACUCUUUCUUCAGGUAAGCUUGCAGAGAUUUUACUUUGAAGGUGGUUUGUGUGUUUGUUUUUUUUUUCCCCAAGCAUCUGAAAGCAGCAUUGCUCCAUCUCUGUAUAAAACAUUUUAAAUACUUAUAUUAAGGGUAAAAAGUUAUUUUAGAGAUUCUGGUUUUAAAUAUGAAACUGAGCAAAACUGAUGGCUUCAGAGACCCAAGAAGACCCAUCUUGCUGCUGCACAUAAGACAUUCAUUGUGUUUGUGCUAUUGUAACCAUGAUACUGAACUGUUGUUUUCCUGUUUGAUGGGAAAUAGUAUAAUCAAUAUGACUUUGGCUGACAAGCCCUUUUUGAUUCUUGGAACAGGAGGAUACGGCAGGGUUCAUUGUGUUUUCUGCAAAAUUUAAAGUGCUAUUCCUCAUGCUGCAUACAGCAGUUUGGCUAAAAUACUUCUGUGAAACAUAUGUGGUAUCAUUCUGUAAUGAUACAGUUUCUUCUCACGAAAACAUCUCCCUUUAUGAUAUUGUAGGCUUAAAGGUUCCUUUGAGCCUUAUGUUUCUAAGAAGGAGACAUUCAAUUUUGUUAAGGACUUCCUUGUAAAACAAACUCGGAUGUGUUACAGAUUAAUGUACUAGGGUGACUUUUUAAAAUGUAGACCUGGCUAUUUCUGUGGGAUGUUGAGCACAGUACAGUUUUUAGUACAUUAUGGACUUGACCCUUUUUUGUAAGAGGGAGGCAGUGAACAUUUCUGUUUUAGUUACAAGAAGUAAUAAACUAUCCAGUUGCCACAGCA